UAGAAGUAGUCUUGGUUUUGCCUCACCAUGUAUGCUUCAUGUUUUAUUCAUGUUGCUUCCUCUAAGGCUAGCACUCUGUAUUUGAUUUCUGCAGCAGAGCAUUCAGCUCCCUGUACAGGGAGACGUGGAUCUCUAGAACCAGGUGCUGCAAAGGUAAAUGGCAGAUGGUAUAUUCUGCCAGGAUGCCUUAUUUUAGAACAGUGGUAACCAGUUUCACUAAAAUGGAGUGACUGUAAUGAUGGGGUCAGGUGAAAGCAGCUUUCUGCUGUGUGUGCUCUGAAGAGUCUCCCUCCAGAAAGUGUGGAGUUCUGCUGCAGCUGCUGUUUGCAUUUGUGAGGGUAGAAACUGUCAAGCUGCCUUCUGCUGAAACAGCUGCUGGGGAAGGGGAGAUGAGCAAUUUUUUGUUCACACAGAGCAAAAACUCCUACCCUGCUGACCCUUGCAUGCCUCUCCUAGUCCCUUGCUAUGCAGCCCAGUGCCUGCCAAGUGCAUGAACAGACUGUGGCUCAUUUUCCUUCAUCUCAGGGUCUUCCCUGCAUCAUGCUCUGUGGGGAUCAGGCUGGUGCUUCUCUGACGCUCCCCUUUCUCUGCCAGUCAGGGUGUGACACAGUGCAUCUUGUAGUGUGAGUGGCUUUGCAUGUGUGCUUUAUAGAUUUCCUAAUGAAUCCAUUUAGGUAAAGAAGAUUCUUUUAAGUAUAGACAUUAAGAGGAAGCUGGGUUUAAUCCUUAGGAAUCAGUAGCGCAUACUUCUGCGCAGCCCCCAGGAAAGGGCUUUGGAUUGUACCCUCCCCAUUCCUAUAGCCCAGGCAGCUUCACAGAGGUGACUGAAGCUCCCGUUCAAAGUCAUUGUUAAUCUGCUGCUGUAAAGCAUGCUCUGGAAGAGCUGCUUGGAGAACGUCUAGGUGGCGUGUCUGGUAGACUUCCUCCUUGGCCCUAUUAAGUUUGACUGAACAAUUGUCUGGGCAGCACGUGGCUGCAGCAGUGUGAGUGAAAGGGGCCCCUGCCCUCUUCUAGUAGUCAAAUAUCCACCAGAGUUGAUUUUUCCUAGAGUGCCUGCAGCGCAGCGCAGCUCCUUUCUGGAGUGUGAAAGCUGGUACAUGGCAGCAUUGUCGCAGGCUGUGCAGGAUUUUUGAAAAUGGCUAAUAGGUUGGAAUCAGGCUAACAGAUUAAGUUUAGGCCUACCUAAAAAUACUACUGUCUGCUCUUGGUGUCCUUCCAUAAAUAAGUACCUGGACACUUCUGGGACUGGAUACUGUCUCAUUGCUAACACAGUGCUUCUGUUUCCUCAUCUGUGUUGGGGGAAGGGGAAACAUCUGCAAGCUUGUCAAAGAAGAGGUGCUUCUGGCUUGUACUUUUAGAUGGAGACAAAGACUCAGUGGUCAAUCCACCUUAGUCUGUGUCUGUAAUGAGAAUGCGCUGAGUGGGAACAGCUUCUCUCUCAGCUGCUGUUGGGCUGAAAUGUAUCCCCUAUUCUCUGUUCCUUCCAAGGCGUAGAUAGCUUGGCUUACUGAGUGAUUAGCUUUAAAUGUAAAGUAGGUGGGUGGUGGAAGAGGUCACAGAGAGGGCACUGGUGAUGAGCUGUGAUUUCCCAGCUUGAGCCGGAUCUACUCUCCUGAGUGCAAGAGAAAGGUGGAGCAAGUGCUUUCAUUAGUAGGAAGCCUCUUCCACGUCUGUGUCAACUACCCCAAGUCACUGAAGUAGAAUACACGCUGCCAGCCUGAGAGGAUGUGAUGAAAGGAUGGUUCUCGGAAAGAAACUUUUGGGACCUGAUUCACUGCCCACAUUGUGUGCACUUACGUAUGCAAUUGUAUGCAAUCCUCUAGGACGCAACUGAUCACAGCAGUGCACAGGGUGGCUGUCUUCCCCGGGGCCCCUGCCGCAUGAAGAACCUGACCCUGGCACUUCAGCUUUUCCAGGUGUACAGCGCACGGGCCGUCGCCCCCCCGGCCAUGCCCGUGGACCUGGCCGUGCGGCUCUGCCUGGGCCACUCGCCCCCCAUCCGCAAGCUGCUGAACUCCUACGAGGAGCUGCGGGGCAGCCGGGCACGCAAACCCCUCCGCUCCUGUCUCAACCAGAAGCUGAGCGUGGAACACGAGCCUGAGCGGCGAGAUAGCACCAAGAGCUCCAAGAGCCAGAAGAAGAAGAGGGUUGUGUUUGCUGAUAUGAAAGGGCUCUCGCUGACAGCCGUCCGUUUCUUCUCAAAGAUCGAGGAGGACCUCUGUGAUUUGCAGCAUGCCCUUUCAGACCUAGCUUGCUUCCAACCCAGGCUGCGGGACUCACACCCAGAAGUUUGCAGGUAUGUGCUGGACUUCCCACAGCCCUCUUCAGACUAUGCGGCUUUCCGCAGCCGCCUGCACAGCAACCUGGUCUGCCUGGAGAGCUGCCUGAUCCAGGACCAUGCCCUGUCAGGGACGGUGAAGGUCAGAAACAUCGAGUAUGAGAAGAAAGUCACAGUCCGCAUCACUUUUGAUGGCUGGAAGAGCUUCCGAGAUGUCUCCUGCCAGUACAUGCAUAGCACGUAUGGCUCGGCUGACACAGACACCUUCUCCUUCGAGCUUGCACUGCCCAAAUCAUCCAGCUCCCGCAGGGCCACAGAGUUCUGCAUCUCCUUUCAGUGUGGGCAGAAGACCCACUGGGACAACAACCAUGGGAGGAACUACAGGAUCUGCCCUGUGGGCACGAUCCGCCCUCCCUCCCAUGCCGUGAAGAGUGCCAACGGAGCCCGGGAGCAUCUUGGCACCUCCCGGGCUGCCGCCCUUGUCCUUUCUCACCUGCAGACCUGGCGGCGUUCAGAGCCUCAAGCCCCUUACUGGUAGGAAAGCAGCGGGUGGAGAGGCGCAGGUGCCUUCCUUCCAUGUCCCUGCAGUGGUGCGGGGGCCAG